AUGUCUUCAGAUGAGCUAGGCAGUUAUCGUCAAUACAUACAUGAUAUACCAACAGAUGGAAUCGAUUUGGACCUCCUCAAGAAGUUCAAAAAAAUCGACUUCAUUCUGAGCUUCGCGGUCGAGAACUAUGAUAAACAUGGAAAAGGGGACGGAGGUUUCCACCCCACUUGGAAUGUUAGUGAAAGUAUUAAAUGGGUGAAAAAGCUGAAAAAAGAUCAUCCAGAAGUGAGGGUGUUUAUCAGCAUUGGAGGUGUUGGCUCUGAAUUUCCAUUCGAUCCUGCAGAAAAAAAUCAAUGGAUACACAACGCCCUGCAAACCAUCACAAAAAUCUUACUUCUCUAUGAUGUCAUCAACAUAAGUGUAGAUGACCUUGGUAGUCACAUAAACACAAUUGACGGUAUUGAUAUUCAUUAUGAUGUCAUCAACUCAAGUGAAGAUGAUUUCUGCUUUUGUAUUGGACAAGUUAUAAAAAAAUACUACUAUCUCGAUGAUGUGUCGAUUGCUCCAACAAAACUGGUGGAACCAUACUACUUAAAAUUGUAUAAGGACAACGCAUAUGUUGUUGAAUUGGUUGAUUAUCAGUUCUACAAUCAGAAAUUCUCUUCAGUUGAACAAGUUGUAGAUCUCUAUAAAAAACUGGAAAUUGAUUACACUCCAGCUUCAGUCAUAGUAGGAAUUGCCAAUCCUGUUGACCCUAUACUUUAUGAGGGCAUCAAAUACCUCAUCAAACACAAUUUAUGUUGUGAUAUUUUCUUUUGGAAUUCCGAUGACUCUAUCGACUUCUCGCUAGAUAAAUUUCUACUAGACCUCUGA